AUGACGUUCGCUUCCCCUCGUCGAGGGUUGCCGGGACUCGCACGUGACGUGAGGAGAGAGAUCGGCGCCCACCUCCUCCUCGCCGAAGAAGCGGCCAGGCGGGAGAAGCUAGUGUUGGAACUCGAUGAAGACAUUCGACUGACGCACGCCGUUCGCGG